CGAAACACAUAACAGAAAUAUAACAAAAGAAAGACAGCUUACGGGCACAGCCGCCGAGGCAGAGGUGGGUUUUGCUCUGUGGCGCACAACAUUCCUCUACCACACUUUCACUUCCUCCCCUCCUCCAUCAAGCUGCCGCUGCUUCUUUCAAUCACUGUUUUCGCACUCUCUCCCUGUGAAACCUGCAGACGAACAAUCUUUCAAUGGCGCUUCGUUUCGAGGUUCUUGGGAGGUUUAAUCGUGCUCGCGCUGCUCGUCUGACGCUUCCUCACUUUGUAUGCCAGACUCCUCUGUUUAUGCCUGUGGGCACACAAGGGACAAUUAAAGGUUUGACCACUAACCAGCUUGAAGAAAUUGGCUGUCAAAUAAUUCUGGGAAAUACAUAUCAUUUGGCGCUUCGUCCUACGUCCGAGCUUAUUGAUGAAUUAGGGGGUCUUCAUAAAUUUAUGAACUGGCCUAGAGCUAUGCUUACAGACUCCGGUGGCUUCCAGAUGGUAUCCUUAUUGCAUUUAGCAGAUAUCACUGAAAAGGGCGUUACGUUUCAGUCACCAGUUGAUGGAAAGCCUAUGCUUCUAACACCUGAGGAAUCGAUUCAAAUCCAAAACAGAAUUGGAGCAGAUAUUAUUAUGGCUCUUGACGAUGUAGUAAAAACCACCAUUACUGGUCCACGGAUUGAGGAGGCCAUGUAUCGCACUCUUCGAUGGAUAGACAGAUGUAUAGCAGCUCACAAGAAGCCUAAUGAGCAAAAUUUAUUUGGUAUUGUUCAAGGUGGUUUGGAUCCUGUACUAAGGGAUAUAUGUGUUAGAGGCUUGGUGGAGCGGAAUUUACCCGGCUAUGCUAUUGGUGGUCUUGCAGGCGGUGAGGAUAAAGAUUCAUUUUGGCGAGUUGUUGCUCAGUGCACUGCUUUGUUGCCUGAAGAUAAACCACGAUAUGUGAUGGGUGUUGGUUAUCCACUGGACAUUGUAGUUUGCAGUGCUUUAGGUGCUGACUUGUAUGACUGUGUUUAUCCCACUCGCACUGCUCGUUUUGGCACAGCUCUCAUACCAGAGGGAGUGCUGAAACUUAAACACAAAGCAAUGGCCGAGGAUACUCGUCCCAUUGAUCCAAUGUGUUCUUGCAUGGUUUGUAAGAAUUAUACAAGGGCAUACAUCCAUUGUCUUGUUACAAAAGAUGCUAUGGGAUCGCAGCUUCUAUCAUAUCAUAAUUUGCAUUACAUGUUGCAGCUUAGCAGAGAUCUACACUCUUCAAUCAUUGAAGAAAGAUUUCCAGAUUUUGUCCGUGGAUUCCUGCAGAAAAUGUUUCCUAAAGGUGAUGUCCCUGAAUGGGUCUGCAAUGCCAUGGAGGUCGCUGGAAUCAAAAUAUCUUCCUGCUGUGCUCCAUUCUUGUCCUCCCAUGAUUCAGAACUAGAAAAGGAUGCACCAACCAAGAAAUUUGAUGACAAUGAAACAGCAUUUGAUGACAAGUAUACACCGAUCAAUAAAUUUGAUGAGGUAGCAUUUGACAAUAAGUACAGCAGCAAGAACUUUGAUGAUAAGUAUACACCAACCAAGUAUUUUGAUGAGGUAGCAUUCAGCAAUAAGAAUAACACGAAGCAAGAACUUUGAUGCAGGACUUGGAAAAUUUUGUUUCCUAAUGAGAGAUCAACAUUAUAAACUUUAAUUUAUAGGUAAAAACACAGGGCAAUGUGAAUUUUGUAUCUCAGACACCGCUUAUAAAUUGUACUCGUUUAGGAGAUUUGUUCAUUUUGCCAUUUAUGGUUCGUCGACCGGUUGAUUUUUAUGCACAUCGCAAAUUGGCAACA